AUGAGCGCGGUCAAGAACCUGCGAGCCAUGUUCGAGAACAAAGGGGACGCGAGCCCAGCGGACGAAGAUAGAGCCUUCCACUAUGUGCCCAUGAAGAAGCCGCAAGCUGCCUGUUGUUGUCCAGCCCAGACGCUGCUCAGCUGCUCCUGUAGCUCUCGCAGCGGCGGCUCCCCCAGGCCGGUCAUCAAUAAGGUGCGAACCAGCUUCGUUGCCGUCGAGCGCAACGGCGUCAUCGGCCUCGUCAGGGAAGGCAGCUCCGCAUCGCGAGACUCGUCCGCCCGCCCCAGCCUCGACAUCGACCGCGAGCUCCCCAAGACGCCCAAGAGCGAGAAGUCGCCCCUGUCGCCCGCCUUUCUCGCCAGCCUCAACUCCGCCAUGUCUGGCAUCUCGGCGCGAUCCGCCCGGGCCUCCCUAGAGUUCCAGCAGGAGCAGCAGGGAGCCGUCACCGACAAGCCCAGCCACAACCCGGACAAGGUCGUCGACGAGGAGACGCCUACCGGCAUGCUGUCGCCGGCCGACCCGACCGUCACCAAGACCGAGCCCGAACCUAAGCCUGCACCUAAGCUUGAACCCAAGUCUGAACCGAAGCCUGCGCCCGAGCCCGUGUCCACAUCUGCACCUACGACGAAACCCGAACCUGAGAAGCCUGCGCCAAAGGAGACUGCCCCCUCUGCUAGCAGCACCGAAAAUGCUGCUCAGAAGACGGCCAAGACGACGACGAAGCCGGCCGCCACCAGGACCGCGGCGAAACCCGCAGCAACCAAGGCUACGACCACCACCACCAAGACUGCAGCUACAAAGACGGCUGCCGCUCCCAAGGCGGCGGCUGCCAAAGCUGAACCCGGCUACUGCUACCAAGGCCGCUACCGACUCCUCCCGGAGAGCGAGCAGAGCAUCUUCCGCUACGGCUGUUGCCAGAUCGUCUGCCGCUGCGAGGUCAACUUCCGCUGUGAGGUCGUCUUCCACCCUACCACGACUGCUGCCAAGAAGACGCUGCCCAGCAAGUCUGCCGAUGCUAUCGUGAAGCCGAGAACCAAAUCGCCUACUAAGCCGGUCACCCUGCCCGCUUCUCUUACGGCUCCCACUGCUGCUUCCGGCUCCAAGACCGGUGCGGCAACCGGAUCGACUCAGUCGAGAUCGGCAGGUAGUUCACGACAGUCCACCAGCCGGCAGAGCGCACACUCGUCAACUUCCACCGCUCGCCCAGCCAAGCAGGCCACGCGAUCUCGACCCAGCAUCGGGCCGCCGCCCGCCAAGCCUGCCCGUGAAGCGCCCAAGAAGGCAAAGGAGGUUGACGAAGGCUUCCUGGCCCGCAUGAUGCGACCUACCGCAGCCUCGUCUAGCAAGACGGCCGAGCCAACUACGCCUCCCAAGAAAUCUGGCUCCCGGCCCUCUACUGCCGGCACCGCGACAUCCGGCGGAACCGAUCACAGCAACUACGGGGGCAGUCCCACCAAGAAGAAGUCCUCACCUAAGAAGGCGGCUUCUCAGAAGUCUCCCUCGCCCACGCAGUCCGAGGAGAAGCUGGUCAUUAGGCCCAAGGAGGAAGCCGUUGAGGAGCCUGUCAAGCCCGCGGCUCAGGAGGAGGCUGCCCCUGCGCAGCCUGCGGAGCCCGAGCCUCUCCCAGUGGAGGAGGCGGCUGUCGAAGCUGCCAACGCCGAGACUGUUGAGGAAGUGGUUGCCAUUGCUGAGGAGGCCGAGCUCACUCAGCCCGCCCCUGAGGCCGCUGCUGAGGCUGCUGCGCCUGUGGUUGAAGCUGAGGCUGCCCCUGUCGAGGCGGCCGCUGAGGCCACCGAGGAGGCCAAGGCGGAGGAGGUUGUUGAGCCCGCGGCCGAGCCCGUUGCCUCCGAGACGACUGAUAAGGCAGACGAGGUCGCCCCCCAAGCAUCUUCAUAA